CCCGACUCCCUUUUCAACCUUCAUUGCGAGCGCGGUUUUGAGAGGGGCACCUUCAAGCAGGGGUCGAUAAAGAACCACUUGUAAAAUUUAUACACACAUACAAGAACAAUGUCCUUCCUCUCUAUCAGCAGACUAGCCCCAAGGCUCCUCAGUUCAAAGAAUGCAGCAUGUGUUGUCGUGGCUGCCAGAAAUGCCAGCGCAUCUGCGAAUUUGAAAGACGUCCUGGCAGACCUCAUCCCUAAAGAACAGAGCAGGAUCAAGAACUUCAGACAGCAGCAUGGCAAAAUCACAAUUGGUCAGAUUACAGUGGACAUGGUGUAUGGAGGAAUGAGAGGCAUGAAGGGUUUAGUGUAUGAGACAUCUGUGCUCGAUCCCGAUGAGGGCAUCCGUUUCCGUGGUUACAGCAUUCCAGAGUGUCAGCAGCUGUUGCCCAAGGCACCUGAUGGAGAGGAGCCGCUGCCUGAGGGUCUGUUCUGGCUGCUGAUCACAGGACAGGUGCCCACUGAGGAGCAGGUGAAUUGGUUGUCUAAGGAGUGGGCUAAGCGUGCGGCCCUUCCCUCUCACGUGGUCACCAUGCUGGACAACUUCCCCACCAACCUGCACCCCAUGUCUCAGUUCAGCGCUGCCGUCACGGCUCUGAACAGUGAGAGCAGUUUCGCUCGGGCGUACUCUGAGGGAGUUAACAAGGCCAAGUACUGGGAGUUUGUGUACGAGGACUCCAUGGACUUGAUUGCCAAGCUCCCAUGCGUUGCGGCCAAGAUCUACCGCAAUUUGUACCGUGAAGGCAGCAGCAUCGGUGCCAUCGACUCCAACCUGGACUGGUCACACAACUUCACCAACAUGCUGGGCUACAGCGAUCCACAGUUCACAGAACUCAUGAGGCUCUACCUCACCAUCCACAGUGACCAUGAGGGUGGAAAUGUCAGCGCACACACUAGUCACCUGGUAGGCAGUGCCCUGUCUGACCCCUACCUCUCCUUCAGCGCAGCGAUGAAUGGUCUGGCCGGACCCCUGCACGGACUGGCCAAUCAGGAGGUGCUGGUAUGGCUGACAGCCCUGCAGAAGGAGCUCGGUGGUGAGGUGUCUGAUGAGAAAAUGAGAGAUUACAUUUGGAACACGCUCAAAUCAGGCAGAGUGGUGCCAGGCUAUGGCCACGCUGUGCUGAGGAAGACAGAUCCUCGCUAUACCUGUCAGCGUGAGUUUGCCCUCAAGCACCUUCCCAACGACCCCAUGUUCAAGCUGGUAGCUCAACUCUAUAAGAUUGUACCCAACGUGCUUCUGGAGCAGGGCAAGGCUAAGAACCCCUGGCCCAAUGUAGAUGCCCACAGCGGAGUCCUUUUGCAAUAUUAUGGCAUGACUGAGAUGAACUAUUACACUGUGUUGUUUGGCGUAUCCCGAGCUUUGGGUGUCCUCUCCCAGCUGGUGUGGAGCAGAGCGCUUGGCUUCCCUCUGGAGCGUCCCAAGUCCAUGAGCACAGACGGACUCAUGGAUCUAGUUGGGGCCAAAUCAGGCUAGAGAGGGAGAGACCAUGCCGGCGAAGUGGGGACAGGAAGGGGAGGAACUUAAACUAUUAGAAACAAGCCCCUGGACUAAGGGAUUUAAAGAGACAGUACACUUUUAAAUUUAAUCUAAAAAGGCCUUUGUUAUUAAUAUAACAUCAAGAUCACACAUCCCAUUUACACGUUUAUUAGUCUUUCUUACCCAAAAUGCACAUUUAAAGCUACUUUUUCAUGAAAAAAGUGUAGACGCAUUACACAGUCAUCGGUUGCGGUCGCUCCUCUUAAGUUUUCCCGCAGAUUUUUCUGACCGUAUGACACAGGUAUGGAUGUAGCGAGGUGGUUUGAUGGAGAAGUCUGUGUUAUUCUGAGAGCGAUACGUCUUUCCAGAAAUCACCUCACUCCUUAUUUAAACUAAUAAUGUCUAUCAAAUACUAGUUCAGAAGAGUUAGUUCACCUAGUAUGUAAAUAAACCCUUUAUCCUCAGCUCUCAUAACAAUUAUUUCAGUUUUAGCCUUGUAUUUUUACUCUCCUGAGAUCAGAUGUUCACUUGAGCCUCAACAUCACGUUUCUUCUUGUAAGAGCACUCCAUGAUUGCAAUACAGUCCUCUCUCAGUAGAACUGAUUCUAUGAGUUCAGUUCAACUUGGGAGGCUUGUAUAUUUGUUUAAAUGGGUACUGCCCCUUUAAGUUAUCUCUCAUAUUGCUCUCUGACUUCAACCAAUCAUCUUCAUUUUCCUGUCUGUUGUUUGGAAGCACAUGUGGUGCCCUCUUUAUCUGAAAUGACCAGUCCUUCUGAAUUUCAUCAGUGGACAUAUUGGCUUUAAUUUGUUAAAGAUUUGUGUCAUUCACACAAGUUAGUGUAGGUCGCAGGUGAUUUGUGCACCAACUUGAGAACAAGUGGAAUUUGUGGCGUUUAUUUGUACGUUCAUCCAAGAGCGCUCAAAAUCUGCUACUUUUUACCUGUUUAGAGUUAUAGUGUCUUUUUUUUCCGGUGUUUUGAAGAAUGAUGUUUUGUAUAAAGCGAAAAGCUAUCAUAUUAUGUAGGUAUACAUAAGUUGUGGUUUUAUUUAUUCAUGUAAAUAUAGCUUGAAUGUAUGAACUGCAUAUCAAAACAGUCUCACCAUCUCUGUUAGUCAAACCACUAAUCUGUGAUGACUCACUUAACCCUUUAUUUUAAGUAUAAUAUACCUUUAAUAUAAUUUAAAACAUGACUUGUACAUAACAUGUACUGCACACGGGUCUUGCUAUCUUUUAUUGUUUUUUUUUUUGUUUGUUUUUUUGAUAAUCUAGCAGCUAUUUUAGCUAGUCAGUCCAUAAGCACUCCAUUAACUCAAUGGCACUUUUCCCUCAGUCAUCAUUUCCUGCUCGUCUAAUAGCGUGAGAAUAAUUGUCCAGUUUGCCAUGCCAUUUUCCAGCGUGACUGUUUUCAUCAUGAUGUACAUGAUUGGUUUAUGCUCUGUCGGGUUAAUUUAAAUAACGAGGAAUGUGAAUAUGGAGAUGAUUGGUUGAAGUCGGAUUGACCAGGGGAAAUGGGGAGGGGAACAAGAAGCUGAGGCGAACAAAAAAGAAAAUGCGAAACCUUGGAAAAAAGGAAAACCAAUAAAUGUUUUUAACAAAC